CGCAGAACAAAUCCGGUUUCCGGUACGGAUCGGGCAGUGACAGAACUGAAGCAAACUCGAGCAAACAAUCAAACCGCUCGUUGUGUCGGAAACAUGGCGGCUUUCAGUAAAUAUCUGACAGCGAAAAACUCAUCCAUAGCAGGCGGUAUUUUGCUGGUUUUAUACCUGCUGAAACACAGAAGACGGACGCCCAAACAAGAUGGUAGAAAAGGAGGCUCAGAUCUAGUGGUGAAUACUGAGAAAGAUGGCAGAAAAGACCGUGCAGCAGUGGACAAGGUUUUCUUCCUCCGAAUCCUCCAGAUUCUGCGGAUCAUGGUACCUCGAGUUUUCUGCAUGGAGACUGGCUACCUUAUCCUUAUCGCUGCCAUGUUGGUGGCCAGGACCUACUGUGAUGUAUGGAUGAUCCAGAACGGCACCAUGAUCGAAAGUGCAAUUAUCGGUCGCUCGACAAAAGAUUUCAAGACCUUCUUGUUCAGCUUUAUCAAAUUCAUGCCAUUUAUAGCCUUGGUGAACAACUUCCUGAAGUUGGGUCUAAACGAGCUGAAGCUGAGGUUCCGUGAGAGGCUCACAAAGAACUUGUACGACCAGUACCUGCAAGGUUUCACCUACUACAAAAUGGGAAACCUGGACAACCGGAUAGCUAAUCCCGAUCAGCUAUUGACACAGGAUGUGGAGAAAUUCUGCAACAGUGUGGUGGACCUUUACUCCAACCUCAGCAAGCCUCUCUUGGAUAUUGGUCUGUACAUCUUCAAGCUGACAAGUGCCAUCGGUGCUCAGAUUUAGGAUUUAGACAACACCCUGCAAAUACAGAAAACACAACCAAAUACAGAAACGGCUGCAAGUAGCACAGACAACGGAAACUGUUUCCAGAGGACACGAAAAAGUCAUGAACAUGGCUUGGACACGCUUUUUGUUUACAUAAUCCCCUCUAGUGUGGAUCUGCACAUUAUUUGAGCAUGCAAGAGGAUUUUUGUAACUACAUUUGAGCAAGCAAUAGAGAUUCUCAUGCAUGUAAUUAUUAAAGUUGCUCGCGCUCACUUCUGGCAGUCUGGAUCCCCUAAGAGCAAACUCAAACUGAGAGCAGAGUGUCACCUGUUCAAUUUGACCUGGAAGUGAGGGGUCAUCCUUGUUAGACCCUUCUUCUACUUUCAAAAUAAAAGCUGGAACAGUGGCCUUUUUUCAAUCACUAGAUAGAGUAUUUGGUGUCUGUAUUAUCUUAAAAUCAAAAUUAGCUGACACUAAAUGACUAAAAUCACAUUUAAUGUGUUGGCAAAUGAUCUAGUUUUUAAGUCAUUAUGGCAGUAAUAGUAUGGAGAAAUUUGGAACGUCAACUUAUAUUUCUAGUGUGAUUUUUCUGAACCAGAUGUAGGGUUUUUGUUAAGAAGGUCAUCCACUUGUCAAAAGUUCACGUACACGGUCUCAGAGUAUGUGACCUUGCACAUGGAGUUCACGUGAACACACAGUGAAUAAAGUUAUUCACCGCUGCAGUUCCAGGCUUUUAAUUCAUUCACCACUGCAGUUUUCACCAUCACUUUACUUUAGCUGAUUUACUCCUGUGCGUCCAUGAGAAAGUGAGUAUUCAGUUAUUCUCUUACCUGUAACUAGUGUUGCAGUAGUGUGAAUCGCUAUAGUAUUGUACUAUCUCAUGUAUUGUGACAGCGCCUGUAAUAGUUUGACGGUCACAUCACGUUGGUUAACUAAUGUCGUGUUCUUUACUGCCAUUCCUUGUAAUGUAAAUGAUCAUCUUUUUAUGUUAAUUAGUGAUGUGAUCCUUGCAUUUCAUUACUCUUUCAUUAUGUAUUUCAUGCCAUAAUAUUGCAUAUCAUUAAUGUCUGUAUGUAUGUUCUAUGUUUAUUCCCUUUAAUGUAGUAACCAUAUUCACAUAGAAGCAUCCAAAACUAUCAGCAAUAAAUGAGUGGCAUGUCAAUGAGUGUGUUUGUGUGUGUGUUAUGACCUGGAGUCAUUAACCCAUCACCAUCAUUCCUGUUCUUUCCAGACAACUGUGGAGAGUGCAUCUACAUUCAGCACAUAAGGGUUACACAAUUGGUUAAUAGUGUAAACCAACACCUCUUUUAUAGUUUUCUUAUUUCUUCUUUUUCUUCAGCUUUUAUGAAUAAUUUUAACAGAGAAAAUUAUUAGAACCAUUAUAAGAAAAUGGUUUGUAGAACAAUUUAUGAAUGAGGCCCAUUGUCACUUCUGAGCGGAAUGCUGCUCACGGAAAUCUAAUGAGCCUGAUAUGUUUACUGUGAUCUGAUCCAACUCCAUGUAGGAUUCAAAAAAACAAAAUAAAUAAUAAUAAUAAUAAAACUAAUAAUAAUAAAAUUAUUAUGGGCCAUGGCUACAUUCAAAAUGACAACAUUUUCAGAAUAGCAAAGUCGACAUACCUGAAUGGAUAAACUAGAUGACAGUAAGGGGACCAGUUGGAUCGCCAGAAUUUCACUGAACUUCAAUCUACAGUGCAGAUCCACACACCCACAAUAAUUAAAAUUGUAGGCUAAACAAUAAGGCAUAAGAUAUUUAAAUCCUUAAUAGAUCCUUAGAGAGUAGCAAUAUAUUGAAAAGAUUACUAUUUGCCUUUUGCCGACUUUAACUUUUUUAAAGGACAUGACCCUGAUGUCUGGAUGUGGGUGUGUCCUGUUGCAGCUUGCUAGUCAACAAUAGUUGGAAAGCAACCUCUUGCAAUGUCAAGUGCUCAGAAGCCAAAACAGCUGGAGAGAGCAGAUUUAGAAAUGAGCACGUGCAUGAUCAGGAUUGUACACUCAAAUCUGAUUCUGCUCUUAUGAAUCUGCCUGUGCACUCUCAAAUGUUGACUUGUACACUGAGUCACGCUCAGAAUUUGUUUUGUGCUCUCUAAAAUCUUUUUCAUUAAUAUACCACGAUAUGCAUGCAACCCAAAAAUUGUGACCGUGCGGACUGUUCGCACUAGAAGCGCACCGAGUGGGCUAGAAAACUAAACUGGGCGCUUGUUUUGUUUAUGUAUGUUCUGUAUUCCCUUGCCUUGGUCCUAUUGUUGUUAAAGGGACAGUUCACCCCAAAAUCAAAAAUACAUAUUUUUCCUCUUACCUGUAGUGCUAUUUAUCCAUCUAGAUUGUUUUGGUGUGAGUUGCCAAGU